AUGGCAGGUCGGUUUGCUUUCCUGCUGUUCUGCGCUGGAAUCAUCACUUUGGCUGAUGACUUGGAUCAGGGCAUCAGUCAACUCCUGGACAGUCUGUGGUGCGACGUGGCGGCGGUGGAUGGAACGAGACAUGAUGUCCCAGAGGUGCUUGAUUGGAUCCUGGUCUUGGGAAUGGGCAGGCCAGUCCAUAGCAUCGAUGCCUUCGUCAUGCAGGAACUGCUGACACAUGCCAGCCACAUGAGGCUGAGCAUGGUCAUGCAUCAGAAGGAUCCCAGGGCCCACUGCACCAGCAUAUGGUCUGACAAUGGGUCUGAGGACCUCAUCCUGGUACCUAAUGGCCAUAUACCUCUGGCUACCACAGGAGGUCUGUGCGGCCAAUCGGGCUGCAUGGUGCUGGGCUGUGAGCACAGGCCCCACUUGUGGAUGUUGGGUCCUCAUGCCAUCCUCAAGGAGUCUUUUUCUGACAAUCUGAGCAGAAAAAAACACAGUAGUGGCCUGCUCUACAUCAUCUUUGUGCUGGGAGACACAGCAAACCUUCUUGUCAUGACGAGCAUGGAUGUGCCAUCCUGGAUGAACUGCACUACUUUUGUGGGUUGCAGAUACCGCCUCACGCUACCAGUAGUGGAGAGGACACUGGAAAAAUGCAAAAGUAACCAAAAAUCAGCCAGAAAGGAUGAGGAAAAGGAAACGGUCAAGGCAAUCCAAGACGGUGACCCUCCAAAAACACCAGAAUCACGAGCAGCUCCAGGUCCACAAUGUUCCUACACGGUCUCAACCAUCAACUUUGGCAUCCAGAUUGACAUAACAAGCUCCAUCCCUGGUAACUACACCAUAAGUGCUACUGAAACGGCCCAUCCUCAGAUAAGAAAGGGAAAAGUCGUUAAGCAUUCCAACAGAAUCUCAUCACAUGAACUCAAAUUCCUGAAGCCGUGUACUGAGUACAAGCAUGCCGUGGUGUUCAGUGACGGUGCUGGCAAUAAAACAAUUUGUGACUCCCCUCAGAACAAAACUACUGAACGCACAAGUGAAAUGAAGGAAGGAGACAUUAAAGAUGGUCGCUGUCCUAUGUCAGGAUACGUUUGUUACAGGAGUGGUUGGAACCUCGGCUCUUCAAUUUCAGCAUCUAAUAAUGUUCCAGCUGAGCAAUGUUCCAGUGACCCACAAGAGUUCUGCAUCAAACCUGGUAGAGAUGAUAUCUGCACAACUUUGACUACGACCUUCAAGUCAGGAAACUGUAACGCCUCCUUCAGCCUCACCAAAGACAUCUCUGUUGCAGAGUUUUUGAAUGAAAACAACAUAAACCAGAGUAUCACAACUGGCUUUCCUGCAAGAAUUGAUGCCAUAUCGGCUCCAAACUGUAAAAAUCUCUCUGUUGAAUACACCUGUCAUGAAAUGGGUCCGUUUAGCUACCCCAGGACAUUGAAAUUGUCAGAGCUGGAGCCUUCCAAAAACUAUGUCUGUCGGGGUCAGAUCAUCUACAACAAUGUUAACAUAAAAAACACAUCUGUUAUCCACGUCUAUGUAGACUGUGACGAUCUUCAAACAGAAAUACCACGGACAAUGCCAGACCGCAGAUCUGUUGUGCUGAGUUUGACCACAACCAGCCAGAGAUGUUACUUUACAGGUGAUAGAAAGUUUUCUGUCAUCUGCAGUUGUGGUAAAAAACAAGUCCAGCAGAGAUCAAAAGGAGACAUGUGUGAAGUUGUUGGACUGGAUCCGUUUACUGACUAUGUCUGUCAGGCCCAGGCCAGAUAUGGGGAAUAUGAAGUUGGUAAACCAGCAUCAGUUAACGUGAAGACUGAGAGUGACAAACCAGAUGAUGUCCAUACACUAUCAGUGAGCAACCCUGAAAAUAAUGCGAUAAAAGUGACCUGUGAUCAUUCAAGACGAUUUCAUGGACCUGGAGGGAAAUACAUUGCCCGUCUUUCACUAAGUGGUCACCUUGUGACAGAGAAAGAAAAUACAACGAGCAAAUGCGAGUUUGAAUUCAAAGAUCUGAGCUACCUUUCUACAUACGAAGUAGAGGUUGCUGCUGUCAACAGAGAUUAUCCUAUAGGCACUGGGAAAACAAAGGAAGUUGACACUCUCGAUGAGGACAAAGUUGUGAUCAGGAUACUCAUCUUCUUCACUGUGGCUUUCCUGGCCCUGGGAAUCUUUGGUAUUAAGAAGACAAGGGCCCAGAGUGAUACGAAUGAAGAGGAGUUGUUUCAAUCGACAGCAAUUUAUUCUAAUGUGCCUGAUCUUGAUGCUGUCAUGAAGAAGCACUGGUGAAAAAAUACAAAGGCUCGAUGGAACGUCCAACCUAACGGCCAAAUUCCCAUCAGUGAGCAUGUUUAGCAUGUGUCUGUUUACAUGCUCUUGUCUCUCAUAAGGAUUUAAAAUGCAUAGUUUGAGGUUGGCUUUUCUUAUAAAAAAGGGCUUUCACACAUUUUUCUUUUUCUCUGAAGCUUAGACAUAUACUUUUGGUGCACACUGUCCAAGUUUUGGCUGAUUUAAGAGUUUGAUUUUAUUUAUUGCUGCUUUCUCCUCAGCUUAAGCCAAACCCAAUUCAAAGCAGGUUAUUUAUCAUAGCCUUCACAUUAUCAUUACCUGUUAUUAUAAUUUUCUUGUAAUCAUGUUACAUAAUGCAAACUAAACUUUGUGUAAAUGCGAAGAUACAUAAGCUGAAGAAACAAAUGCUGUGCACUGUGGCUGCUGGGUGUCCUGCUGAGAGGCAACUUCCCCUAACUGCAGGCCUCGAAUUGAGUUUGUAUCUUUUUAAUUUUUUCGGCUAUGUUUUUUACAGUUUCAUUUCAAACAAAUUUAAUGAUGAGAUAUUACCUCUCAUACUUGCAUGGUCAAUUACAUUUUACUGCAUACUUUUGAUAAAGUACAAAAACAAAAUAAAAUGAGUCAGCUCAACGGAAGAUUUGGCUCUCAUUUUUUCUCCUCAUGCUAUUUUUAUUUUCCUGUCAUCUGUCAUUUUCCUGUCUACUGGGAUUUUGGUGCAAACCUGCAACUUGGAGAGUGUGUUUGUACAACAUACUAAAACUAGUGAUGCAACAGUUGUGAAAAUCAGGGCCGAUGCCAGUGUUUUAAAUAACAUCUUGGACAAUACAGAUACCAAUACGUUUUCAUUAGCUGUUGUUACUGGAGUAUGGUUGUCAGUGAACAGAGUCAGUUAGUGUGUGGUGUGCAGUGUUACUCAUCUCAUUGCCAACCGCACACUUGAACAAAAUGGUUAUAAAUGCUAUCAAAUGUCCCCAUAUGUGGGGUCCUCACCUUAAAAAAAUGAAGAUUUUAAAAAUCUUUACGUGUGUGUCGGCUUAUGAUAAAUAUUUCGGUUCUCUCCUUGCUCAAAGUUGCGCUAAGAAUUUUCCUAAAUCACUUUUAAGCUGGGACUUCUAGCUAGGGUUAUUCAA